GAGGAGUUAACUAGUUACGAUCACGUUGUUUCUUGACCUUUCUUCCUCCCCUUAUAUUACUUGUACUACGAGCUUCAACUGUUUUGUUCCUCGAGGAAGUAGUCUACGUUCGAGGUUGAACUGUCCAGCUGUUACUUUGACUUUGAAAGACCUCACAAUAUUUCGCAAGAUGUCGUUCAAGCUUGGAAUUAUCGGUGGCACGGGCAUGGAUGACCCAGACCUUCUGGCCGGUCGCGAAGAGAAAUUCGUCGAGACGCCCUUUGGCAAGCCAUCUGAUGCUCUGAUCCACGGAACAAUUGGAGAUGUACCGUGUGUUCUCCUGGCAAGACAUGGUCGCAAGCAUACCGUCAACCCCACUAAUGUCAACUACCGUGCCAACAUGUGGGCUUUGCGUGACGCUGGCUGCACUCAUGUCCUGGUGACCACCGCAUGCGGCUCGCUUCAGGAAGAGAUCAACCCUGGCGAGAUUGUACUGCUGGACCAGUUCAUCGAUCGCACAAACCAGCGUCCUCUGUCUUGCUACGAUGGCUCCUCUCCUGCAGCAAAGGGUGUCUUCCACAUCCCGAUGGCAGAGCCCUUCUGUAAAAUCAUGAGAAAGAUUGUGGGUGAGACGGCUGCAGAGCUGAACCUAACUUGUCACGCCAGCGGCACAGCAGUCACCAUCGAAGGCCCGCGCUUCAGCACGCGCGCCGAGAGCAACGUGUUCCGCAGCUGGGGCGCUCAGGUGGUCAACAUGACCACGGUGCCCGAGGCACCGAUUGCCAACGAGCUGGGCCUGUGCUACGCCGCCAUUGCCUUGCCGACGGACUACGACUGCUGGAAGGUCAACGAAGCACCGGUUGACGUACCUGCGUGUCUGGCAGCUUUCAGGAAGCUCACUGACGGCGUCAAGAAGCUUCUAAUUGCGGUCAUUCCCAAGCUUGCUGCGUACGACUGGACGGAACGAAUGCAGGCUCUGAAAACUGCGGCCGAGACAUCGAUUGUCCCCGGAUCUGAUGUGUAAACGGAGCGUGAUCACCGAAUGCAAUGUUGCAACUGCUUUCUGGUUUUCUUAUAUUGCGGUGGAAGUGGCGGGAUGGCUGUGUGCAGUAUGUGCAUUGGCCUGGGCACGGCUCUUUGCUCCAUGCCCACGUAUCACAGUGCAUGGCCACUAGUGUUAUUUCGGCCGAUAUUUCUGAUGUUUGACAUGCAUCGUGUAAGUUGCCCCCCCCCCCCCCCCAAGCGCCCCUGGCCUUGGCUACCGAUGACUUGGACACAGCAUACGUGUCAUAUUGCAGUACACGGCCGGUGUCUCUUUCUUGCGACUCCCUUCUGACUGCCUUUAUUCUUCGUUCGGUACUGCAUGCACGUAUGUGGCUUGUCCCAAAGUGCAUUCACUGAUCUGCUCAAUUUUCCUGUCGGGCACGUUCUAUUCGUCGUAACUUAUCUUUUCCAUUGCAUGUUCAUUGAUGAGAGUAUGGUGGCGUUUAUGUACGCUGUACGUCCAAGUA